AUGUCUCGACGCCCAAGUUGUAGAUUUUAUAACUCGCCAGGCGGUUGCCGCCGUGGCACAUCUUGUACUUUUCAACACACUCCAAAUGCAGAGCGUCGAGGAGGAGGAGAUGGAAGACCGACAUCACCGAGCGCGUCUUCGGAUAGAUCUCCUUCACGACUCGAUGCUCAAGGCCCUCAACGCCCAAAAUCACCGUCAAGUCCACCUCCCCGAGGAGUUUGUCGAUUCUUUUGGGAGACAGGACGAUGUUUUCGAGAGUUCGGCUGCCGUGGUGCCCAUACCCUCCCGCAGGGUCAGGAUGGCAGGCGAUCUCCGCAGCCUUUUGCCAUUCCCACACAGGCUGCGCAAGCAUUCAUCGCCCCUUUUCUUACAGAGAAAGGACUAUCCAAACUCGCAGGAGGUGGAACCGACGGUUAUUUCCCUCAGGAUGCUACAACGUCUCUGACUCCAACAGAGACUCAGAGUCGUUUGAGGAGAUUCCUCCGAGAUGACUUCCGAUUCAAGACUGCACAUGAGAUCUACGGCUUUCUUAUCCCACUGUCGAGUGCCAACCUUCAAAAUGCUGCAUGGGUGGGUUUUAGACAUUUCAUGCAACUCACCGCUGGUCGACUUCGGGUCGCCGAGAUAGUGACUUGGCCUCAGGUUUCCUCAAAAGCAGGGAUGGGCCGCGAAAUUCUUUCAUUUCAGAGAGGGCUUAUCCCCCUCCUUAGAUAUAUGUCUUCCGAUUUCGUUGUUCAGAGCACUUUAAAGACUCAAGCAAAUCAACUGUACAUGACGGUUUUACAGAACCUGCCAAGUUUUGCGGAUGCUGUCGAGAAGUCUAUGGACAGCGUCAUCGCUUCCCGCUCCUUCAGUGACCCGGGAGCUAUUGGAAAAGAUCCUAUUGAUGCACAGGCGUUUGCGUCCAUCGUUGGUGUCUUGCACGAGUUUCUUGUUCGCUUUAAGAACGCUGUUGCGACAUAUCCUCGGCUGGCACCCUUGGUCAUGAACUUGCAGAAAUGGUUCACAGAGUGGACGACUGGUGUCUACGCUAAUCCGCCUUCGUUCGAUAAUUUUCUUGGAGGCCUGCAGCCUACUGUACGAGACCUGCUCGUUCAAACUCUUAACGAGAAGAUCAACAAGCUGGUUUCCAUUGUGGAACGGGAACAAGGAAAAGAAACACGCCCUGAACGUCAAAAACAGUCCGUCCCCUCCAAUGAGGGCAUCAUUGCUGCUCUUCAUAGCGGAUAUCAAGGUCCGGGUGCCAUCCGUGAAGGUGGACCUCGCCACGACAAUGACCUUGAGGACAUCUACGACAUUCGUAUUGCUCCCACUCACGAGGAACUCAUGAGCCGUAUUCCCCCAUUUUUGCCUGUGAACUUUUUUGGUGCUCCUCAUCCAGCGCCUAUGGAAAGCAUGCAGCGCUUACUCGACAUCCAGUUCAGGCUUUUGCGAGAAGAGCUGACCGCUCCUUUGCGUAAAUCAGUUCAGCUCGUUCACGAUGACCUCAAGACGCAGCCGCGCAAGAAGACCAAGCUCGCAGAGCUUCUAAAGAGCAGGGGAGGAAAGUACCGUGGCCAGGCAGAUACACAAGACAGUCUCAUGUUUAACGUCUACACUGGCGUUGAUUUCGAGUCGCUCGUUCCUGACUGGAGAGGUAUCUCUGCCAGCGUUAUAAUUGACACGCCCCCCGGCCGUGCACGCUCCAACAACUCACAAAUGCGAACUUCAUUCUGGGAGGGUGGCAAGCGCCUUUCUCAGGGUGGCUUGAUCGCUCUUGUGUGGCAAUCUGGAAAUGAUAUCGCUGUACACCUUGGAGUAAUCGCCAAUUCCCUUAAAGAUCUCACUGAGCAUGCGAAGCGCGAUCCAGAUCGCGUGAAGCUUCGCAUUGUCUUCUUCGACACGAAGGUGGAGUUGCGUAUUUUGCAGGAACUCAGGAACCCUCAGGCAUCCGAACAAAACCUCAAGUUGUUGGUAGAAUCCUCCGUCAUGUUUGAAGCCAUCCGACCAUUCCUCGAAGCUCUGAAGGUCGAACCCGAGCUAGUCCCGUUCUCGCGCUAUCUAGUUCACCGACCACCGGGCCUUUUGAAGACCUAUAAAGUGGACCCUCCACGUUAUGCCACAGUGCCUGGCUUCGCGUUCAAUCUUUCGUGUCUCUUCCCUGACAAGACAGACGUGGAGGACUUGACGAUCUCAGUGACAGAUCAUCAAUCUGUGGAAAAUGCCCGUGCUGAGCUGCGGCGGGAUAGCCGCCUUGACCCGAGCCAGGCAGAUGCCGUUGUUGAUGCACUGACGAGAGAGGUGUCCUUAAUUCAGGGUCCUCCAGGGACAGGAAAGAGUUAUACUGGUGUAGAGUUGCUUCGUGUUUUACGAGCCAAUGAUGUUGGCCCCAUCUUGAUGAUUGCGUUCACGAACCACGCACUGGACCAUAUGCUUGGCUCCGUGCUCGAUGCAGACAUUACCAAGAAAGUUGUCCGCCUGGGUUCUCGCUCGGCAGACGAGAGGAUUUCGCAAUAUUCGAUCGAGACACUUGAAAUGGUGAACGAGGAGUCUCGCCUCAACAGGACAUUUUCCAGCAAGCGCAGGGAACUCAAGGGGAUCCAAGAAAGCAUUAGGAGCUUGAUGUCGAAGGUCCUGAAGGAUGACUUCGAAACGGACUCCACCGAAGUCAUGAAGUAUAUCUCAGUCUUGCAUCCGGAGCAUUCCGGAUAUUUAACUUCUCCGCCACCUUGGAUUCAAAACAUCAAAUCGGUUUUCAGCGACGACAACGACGACGGUGCAGGUGAAUGGCAGCAACAGGGCCGGCGAGGCAAGACUUUCGUCAAGGAUAUGUCAUUCUAUGCAUUUUGGAAGGAUGGAUCUGACUUGGAAUUCAUCGGAGCAUUGAAUGAUGGGUCAUACGCACCUUGGAAAACCACGCCUCCCCCUAACGAAACGACAAGCAACAAAUUUGAUGUUUUAGAACAGGACUCUUUACCCGAUUCAGAUGAUGAAUACGUGACGAGCGAGGAGCCUGAUGACGAGUCGCUCCCUGAAGACCUGCCAGUUGAGGACGCUUGGAUGAACGUCAAAGUCAACCCGCCAUCUUCCGAACCUGCUGCUUCGCAAGAAGUUCCCAUUGCUCCCACCAAAGCUCCCGGUCCUCCCAUCUUGUACAUUGAGCCUGAACCCGAUAUCGACGUUGGCCUGGCACAGGCGGACUUCAAGGACCCUGAAGGAUUCCUUGAAGCCCUUGGAUGUCCAGAAUGGCCUGUCAUUCCGACAUCGAGUCGCCCCUUGAAUGAACUCCUCGAUGAUGUCGGCGAUGUUUGGACCAUGAGCAGGGCAGAGCGGCACAACUUGCAUCAAUUCUGGGUUGAUAAUGCGCGCAUAGAAUUGGGCGAGACCCAGAAAGGCGAGUUUGAGCGCCUUCGCGAACUUCACGAGAAUAUACUGCGAGAAUGUAACGAAGGCAAAGAAGAGGUCCGCCGAAAUUUACUGCGCAACAUCGAUAUCAUUGGUUGUACCACGACUGGUGCGGCAAAGUUGGCCACGCUCUUGAAGGGUCUGAGUCCUCGAGUAUUGCUCGUCGAGGAAGCUGGACAGGUUCUGGAGGCUCACGUACUCGGAAGUUUGGUGCCCUCGAUCGAGCACCUUAUUUUGAUUGGUGACCCCUUACAACUCCGUCCGACGCUCAACAAUUACUCGUUGUCUAUGGAUAGUCAAAGAGGACGAGAUCUCUAUAAGUUCGACAUGUCCCUGAUGGAACGCCUUUCGAGCUCCGGACUUGUGAUGUCUCGGAUUGAUGUACAACGCCGAAUGCGGCCUGCAAUCUCGAGUUUGAUCAGGAACACGCUUUACCCAGGUCUUGAAGAUCACGAGCUCGUCCGCCACUAUCCCUCUGUCCGCGGCAUUGCAAAAGAUAUGUUCUUCGUCGAUCACAGCCAUAGGGAAAAUGAGGGUGCAGAAGACUCCGCUAGCAAGUACAAUUUAUACGAGGUGGCUAUGAUUCGCGAACUAGUGUUGUAUCUGUUAAGGCAAGGCUGCUAUUCUGAAGAAGGUGACAUCGUGGUUCUUUGUGCCUACCUCGGUCAGCUUGCUAAGCUGCGAGAUGCCCUCGCGAACGAGGUGGCGAUUGUGAUUGAUGAGCGCGACCAAGUUGCUCUUGCAGAUCAAGAGGGAGAUGAUGAAGAUGUUUUGAAUCUUGGGACCACGAUUGAACAUGUGAAAGUUACGAGAAGGGUUCGAUUGCGCACCGUCGACAACUAUCAAGGUGAAGAGGGCAAAAUCGUGAUAUUGUCACUGGUUCGAAAUUCUGGUGAACUGGAUGAUGAAAUGGCUGCGCUUGGGUUUACGCAUGGAACUAAACCCAACAUCGGUUUUCUCAAGUCUGAGAACCGCACGAAUGUGGCUUUGUCUCGUGCACGCGAAGGUCUCUUCAUUUUUGGAAAUGCUGCCAACUUGUCCUCCAGGAGUCGAAUGUGGCAGCGUAUCAUCGAGGAACUGGAAAGGGACGAAGCCGUUGGUCCAGCACUUCCUAUCGCUUGUCAUCGGCACCCGCAGACACUCGAGUAUGUCUCCAAACCAGGUCAACUACCUCAAAUCGCGCCUGAUGGAGGAUGCAUGCGACCCUGCGAUUUCCGAUUGAACUGCGGUCACAUGUGCCCAUUCAAGUGUCACAGCGAUGAUCAGAAACAUGCUUCGGUGUCCUGUAUGCAGGCAUGCACGAGGCUUUGUACGAGGGGCCAUCCAUGCACUAAGCAGUGCGCCUCCCCAUGUGGUGACUGUUUCUUCCCGGAAGCCAACAUCGAACUUCCGUGCGGACACUUGAAGGCGUCUGUUCCAUGCCACGAGAUCAGCACAUUGGAAAAUGUCUUCUGUGACUUCAUGGUUGACAAGAAACUGCCUUGUUGCGAGCACACUGCUCGCAUGGCAUGUUCAAUUGUUCCAGCCACUCAUCUUUGCAAGGCUCUAUGUGGCGGGACUAUGAGUUGCUGUGGAAGAACAUGUAACGCAAAGUGCCACGAAUGCCAGCAGAAAAAUACACCUUCCGAAGGAGAACGUACACCGAGGGCACAGCAUUCUGCUCACCCAUGCCAGAAACCACUGUUCUGCGAGCAUUUGUGUCAGGAGGUUUGUUCUGAUGACCACAAGCACACCGUCGCCUGCAGGAAACCUUGUAGACAAGCCUGCUCUCAUGCCCGGUGUCAGUCGCCGUGUUCGGUGCCUUGUGCGCCGUGUCAAGAACCAUGCACGUGGAACUGCCCACACCAUUCCUGUCCUGUACCGUGUGGUUCUGUCUGUGCAAGGUUACCCUGUGACGUACCUUGCAACACAAUUUUGCGUUGUGGACACAGGUGUCCUUCCGUAUGCGGAGAAGACUGUGACAUCCAAAUAUGCCCGCAGUGUGCUUCCGAUAAUCAGAAACGCCAUGUCGUGGAUUUCAUCAUGCAGCGCUCAUUAUCUGAAGUUGCACCAGAGUUAAACACUUUGGACGAGAUGUUGAUAACCAUUCCGUCGUGCAAGCACACGUUCACCAUAGAAACUCUGGAUGGACACUGCAGUAUGAGCGAUUUUUACUUGCAGAACGCAUACGGACAGUGGCUUCGUAUGCUUUCCCCCAUCGGAUUCAUCAAACCCCCUACAUGUCCAACAUGUCGCUCGCCGAUUACAUCUCCUAGAUAUGGUCGCAUCUUCAAGCGAGCUGAUUUAGAUAUAUUGGAGCAUAAUGUUGCUGCUCGUAUGUCUCAAGCGCUUGACCGGAUCCAAACUGCCAUUCUCCAUGUGUCUGAAGACGAGAUGAAGGCUGCGGUCAUCCGUGAUGCAGCCACCAUCAAAAUAUGCCCCUCAAAGACCAAGAAGCACAAUUCGCAGGCAAAGGCUCGUUCUGAGGAGUUGAUGUCAAAGAAGGAGGUCCCCACCUCAGAACGUGCCCUCAACUGUACCAACACUUCCCUGCAUGAUGUCGAUUCAGCGGUGGCCCAAGUUUGGCGUAAAAUCACCCACAGGCUAUUCAAUGCCUACAAGGAGGCGGCUGUAGUUGCCGAAAAACGCUCUGCCCACCUACAUGCUUGGGAAUCUGCAUUUUCAUUCCUGUACAACCGCGAAUUGAAUGCUCUCCUCGACAACCCGGCUCGUACGCCUGUUCGGCCGCAGGAAAAUGCGAUGAGGCUCGCGAGAUUGCAAGUUGGUCAGUCGCGUCCGCGAGCUGAUAGGCGGUUCAUUGUGGAAGCCUUCUGGUGUACGUUGCACAUUCGCCUGACCCUGAUUACUCUGGGUCGCACAUGGCUAGAGGAGGUGGGCAAGCGCGAAGCCGACUAUCCGCUGUACCAUUUUCAUCAAUGGGCGACCUACGUCAAGUUCAUGCUACAGAGUUGUUCACAGGAUGUGACCAAGGCUCUUGAGCUCGCAAGGAGCUCUGAAGCUCACCGACAGGUCACCAAAACUUGGCUUCUCUCCAUGCGUAUCGAGCUGGAGAACUUCCGUUUUGGAUUAUACAUGUCUAAUAAACUUGGAAACAUCAAGGAUCAACGGUUGGGGAUGGUAGAGGCUGCGGAACAGAAAGGCCGCGGGGCGCAGCAACUGAUGUGGGAUGUCAUCACAGAGCAUUUCGCAAAUAAGGCCGCACCGUCACGAGAGGAAGAGGCUUCCUGGCUGGAAGAGAACUUUUCUCGUGCUGCGCAGACGAUUGUGGAUGAAUGGGUGGCCAUUAAGCAGGCCGUCAGGAGAUCCACGUUUUAUCAGGAAGUCUCGUUAAAGGAGCAGAUGGAAAUAGUGCGAGCCUUCAACUUCGGCAGCACUGGACACUUCUACAACUGUGCGAAUGGUCACGCAUUUGUGAUUACUGAGUGCGGAGGAGCCAUGGAACGCAGUGUUUGUCCGGAGUGUGGCUCUCCCAUAGGAGGACAGAGCCAUCGCCUCGACAGUACAAAUACCAGAGCAGCUCAGUACGACGCGCUUGCUAUGGAAGCGAACCCCGGUAUCGCAGGAACCCCUUGGGGCAAUCCUUAUUAG